AUGCGUGAAUAUAAAAUAGUCGUACUCGGUAGUGGUGGUGUUGGCAAAUCAGCAUUGACAGUACAAUUUGUCCAAGGAUUAUUUGUUGAAAAGUAUGAUCCGACGAUCGAAGAUAGUUACAGAAAACAAGUAGAAGUCGACGGACAACAAUGUAUGCUUGAAAUCUUGGAUACUGCUGGAACAGAACAAUUCACAGCUAUGCGAGAUUUAUAUAUGAAAAAUGGCCAAGGAUUUGUUCUUGUAUAUUCAAUAACUGCUCAAUCAACGUAUAAUGAUCUUGUUGAUUUACGUGAUACAAUUCUUAAAGUGAAAGACACAGCUGAUGUGCCAAUGAUAUUAGUAGGAAAUAAAUGUGACCUUGAUGAUGAACGCGUAGUUGGAAAAGAAGUUGGCCAGACAUUAGCACGAAAUUGGGGAUCUACGUUUCUUGAAACAUCUGCGAAACAAAAAAUAAAUGUUAAUGAGAUUUUCUUUGAUCUUGUUCGUCAAAUCAAUAAGCGAACACCAGUAAAUAAAGAUAAAAAAAGUAAAGGUAAAAAUGCUGGUCAAGGUAGUAAUUCAAAUCCAUCAGUUUCAAGUGCAAAAAUGGGUAAUGAUGGUUUACAAACAGAUUCAUCAAAUCAAAACUGUUCAAAUAAUAAAGGUUGUUGUGCUCUUCUAUAG